GGCGCUGCUCAGGCAGAGUGGAGGUGCUCCGUGAGGGAGAGUGGGGCACCGUGUGUGAUGAUGACUGGGACAUUAAGGAUGCUGAGGUCGUGUGCAAACAGCUGGGCUGUGGACCUCCUGAGGAGGUGGUCACCAACCCAAGGUACAACACCAGCGAGCCUCGUUUCGGACAGGGGUCUGGGCCAAUCUGGAUGGACGACGUAAGAUGCACUGGGACAGAGCUGACUCUGACGAGCUGCCCCUUCGGUGCGUUGUGGAGUCAUGAGGAUGCUGGAGUUAUCUGCACAGGUAACCACACCUGUGGACUGAAACUCACCUGGGUGAACCUGACGAUCGGCUCCUGCUUCGCCUCCGUGCAGCUGCCCACCUGUGAGGGACAGUGUGACUCAAGCUGUGAUGGUCGGAUCAGUAAUGGUCAAGUAGCCUUUUCACAGCGAUCUACCUGAGAAUGUGGCAGCAUCCUUGUUCCUGGAACAUGAAGUGAGCUGCAGGUGCAUAAAUACCUCAGGUGAGACGCACAAGUGCACUCAGAGGUCCUGCUGCAGCAUCAGCAGCUGUGUGUUCAUCAGGGACACCAUGCAGACAGGUACAGGUGUGCUCGUGCUCUCCUUAUGGAUGACACUGGGGCUAAUGGCAGGUCUGCCAGAGUCGGCUUCAGCAAAGAGCUUCAAUCAACGAGAGUGUAAGACGUACGGCAGUGGCAUGGUCCAGCCCUUUAACGGCAGCGCGUACCACGUGAGGACAUCCUGCUCCGUCACCCUCGUCCACUUCACCCACCAGAGCGUUGACUGUGACAUCACCGCCCAGCGAGGGCACAGUGGACUGCUGACCCGCGUCGAGGUCGUCGUCAACAAAGUCAGAACCGUCGUUCAGAACGGAACCAUCAUGGUGGAAAACCACAGGGUGUCUCUGCCAUACGACCACACCUACCAGCACGUGUUUCACUACGGAGUCCACACCAGACUGAGGAGCAAGGUCCUGCCACUGACCAUCACCUGGCACAGCACCGCCAUGGGCAUCGAUGCCCUCUGGGUGCAACUAGAGGGGAACAGCAUCAGUGGGAUGAAGGGACUGUGUGGACAUCUAAAUACUCCAGCAAAUCCUCCUCAGUUAAUCUCUGAGGCGGUGCUUGAGGACGACACGUGUGCGAUCGAAGACUCACGUGAGAAGAACAACAUGGCGUGCGGGGAGUUCAUGUCCCAUGCCAUAUCCUGCCUGAUGAACCGGGCCGAGGCCUUCUUCCACCUGUGCCAGCAGAACGCCUAUGGCUGGGCAGGUAGUGCUCACAUCACCUGUCCCUUCUUCUGGGACGUUGCUCAGAGGUGUGGACCGGCCAGCAACCUCUGGGAUGUGUGGAGAGUUGUCACACAAUGCCCCGCCCCGGACUGCCCAGGAGAGCUGACCUAUCAGGAGCUGGGAAACGCCUUUACCCCCACCUGCUCCAACCCCACCUCCCGAGCGGGCGACCAGGACGUGACCAGCACCUGUGUGUGCCCACAAGGUAAGGUACUGAAUGACCAUGCCGAGGGCCACGAUUGUGUGAGUGUCCCUGUGUGUACGGCGGCAGCAGCUACCCAUCAGGAACCCACAGAGGAACCAAGUGCCAGACAUGGUGAGGAACUAAUUGAGUGUGUGUCUGGAAAGUGGCGGUGUUCUGAAGACAUCUGUCCUAAGAAAUGCUCCGUUGAGUCCCAGUUUGUGACGUCUUUCGAUGGCAAACACUUCAGACUGCCAGGCAAAUGCUCUUACGUGGCAGCACAGGGGUUGAACUGGACGCUUACCAUUCAAACCACGGACUUCUCUGAGAGCUACGUCUUCACCCACUCAAGGGUGAUGUUUCAGAAUGAAGAAAUCAGAGAGCGGCAUCAAACCGCUUUUGUCACCGUUUUCUGGCAGUCCUCCAUGUUUGUUCAGGUCCUGGCCCUCUCAGGCCUCACCAUACAGGUGCAAAUGGCCCCCGAGAUCCAGGUCUACGUGUCCUUGCCUACAGAGCAAAAUGGAACCACCACAGGCCUUUGUGGGAACUUUAACGGGGACUCAGGGGAUGACUUUACCACCAGCAGCGGCAUAGUGGAGAACUCUGCGGAGCCCUUUGCCCUCUCCUGGUCCCUAGAGAGCUGUGAGCCCAACAUCAACCCCCUCUGCAUUAACAUGGACAGCGAAAUAUUUGCUGAUGAGCACUGCAACCAGCUGAGGGAUCCUCAUGGGAUAUUCAGCUUCUGCCACAGUCAUGUUCCAUACGACCACUAUUAUCAGGCCUGCCUCAGUAAAACAUGCCACUGCCAGUCGGGGCUUCAGUCGUGUCUCUGUGUCGCCCUCGGCAACUACGCCAAAGCCUGUGCUUCUGUUGGGGCCUCUCUGGGAGACUGGAGAGCAGCAGCCAACUGCAAUUUGAGUUCUGCAGUGUGCAGCACCGGCUGCUAUUGUCCAGAUGGCCAGUAUGAGGACCACAAGGGAAUGUGUGUGUCUGAGGACAACUGCACAUGUGUGUUUAGCGGGAGUGUGUACGGCCCUGGGGAGAGGGUAGAGACCAACUGCAAGAUAUGCACCUGCAGUGGAGGGCAUUGGACCUGCACUGGAGAGUCGUGCCCAGGACGGUGCCAGGUGUUUGGUAACGGUCACUACCAGACCUUUGACUCCAGGUGGUUCAGCUUCGAUGGGAACUGCCAGUACACCCUGCUGGAGGAUGGCUGUGGGAGGGGCAAUGGGCAGUUUGCUGUCAGAGUGGAGAGCAUUCCCUGCUGUGAUGAAGAGCUGACCUGCUCCCGCACCAUCACUCUGGACCUGCUGGAUGAGGUGUCGCUGGUGCUGGAGGACAUGUCUGUGUCCUCCAGGUCCUCCAACACAGGGGGAGAGAUGCUGUACUCCGUCCACACAGUGGGGCUCUACAUCGUGGUGUCCGUACCGCGCCCAGGCCUCACACUCAUCUGGGACAAACACACACGCCUAACCGUGCUGCUGGAGGCAAGGUUGAGGGGUCAAGUGUGUGGCCUGUGUGGGAACUUUGACUGCGAGGCCAACGACCUGAUGAGUAGCGGCUCGUUGCUGGCGUCCAGUGCACUGGAGUUUGGGAACAGCUGGAAGACGGGCACGCCACCCUGUUCCGACGUGACGACCGAGACCUUCCCCUGCCAACGCCACUCCUACUGCUCCAACUGGGCCGAGAGACGCUGCAUGAUCAUAACUGGAGACACCUUCAAGGAGUGCCACUUAAAGGUGGACCCUGAUCCGUACUACCAGGCCUGUGUACUGGAGGCAUGCUCCUGUGAGUUCGAGGGCAAGUUCCUGGGCUUCUGCACGGCUGUGGCAGCUUACGCUGAAGCCUGCAGUGAGCAGAACGUCUGCGUCCACUGGAGGACUCCAGAUCUGUGCCCUGUGUUCUGUGACUACUAUAACAGGGAGGGUCAAUCUAGCUGGCACUAUGACCCAUGCGGAAAAGUACCAACCUGUGGAAGAAACUACAAGUUCAAUGGCACACUGGAAGGCUGCUACCCCAGGUGUCCUGCAGAGGCGCCAUACUAUGAUGAGAACACCGGGAACUGCACCACACGGCAGAACUGCACCUGCCUCUUCAAUGGUACAGUCCUAACACAUGGCACUGGAGUGAGCACGCCCAGUGGACACUGCACAUGCACAGAUGGAACCAUGAAGUGUGAGCCAUAUCCUACAACAACACCACCAACAACACCCACAACAACCACAACCACAGAACCACCAACUACAACGGAAACAACAAUCUCAACCACAGAACCACCAACCACAACAUCAAUAACAACCUCAACCACAGAACCACCAACACCAACUACAAUAUCACUCAACCACAGAGCCACCAACACCAACCACAACAUCAAUAACAACCUUAACCACAGAACCACCAACUACAACAUCAAUAACAACCACAACCACAGAACCACCAACACCAACUACAAUAGCAACGACAAGCUCAACCACAGAAUCACCAACAACAGCACCAACAACCACCACUGUGGAAACCACAACACCUACAACUACAACAGCAACAACGUCAACAACUGCAAUAGUGACCACAGACUGGUCAACCAUGGAACCAACAACAACCACCACCACAACAGAAACUUCAAAAACUACAACUACACCAUCAACAACUCCUACAACAACUACAACCGUGGAGCCAACAACAGCAUCAUCAGCCACAACAACUACAAGGACAUCCACAACCACUAUGAAACCUCCGACUUCAACUUUGUCCACAAGCACAACUAUGGAAACAACUGCAACCACAACUACAACUGUGGAACCAUCAACAGCUACUUCAUCAUCAACAAACCAACUACAACAACAAACAAACAGUCACACCAAACUGCAAUAGUCAACCACAGACCCAACAGACUGGUCAACCAGAUGGAACCAACAACAACCACCACCACAACAGAAACUUCAUUUACAACUGCAUCAUCAACAACUCCUACAACAACUACAACCAUGGAGCCAACAACAGCAUCAUCAGCCACAACAAUGGCAACCACAACCACUAUGAAGCCUCCGACUUCAACUUCGUCCACUAGCACAACUAUGGAAACAACUGCAACCACAACUACAACUGUGGAACCAUCAACAGCUACUUCAACAUCAACAGUAGAACCUACAACGGAACACACUACUUCAACGUCUAUAACUCCUACAGCCACAUCCAUGCCUACAACUGCAAAGACUUCAACAACCACUUCCAUGGAAACAACAUCUUCAACUGUGACCACCACAACUACUAUGAAACCUUCAACUUCCGCAAGCACGCCAGAAGACACAACAUUUGAAACAAGGGAGCCUUCAACACCUAAAACCACUUUGACCACAAGGGUAGCGUCAACAAUAACUACCACAGUAUCAACCACAGUGGAGCCCACAACAGUGGUAACUUGGGAACCAACGUCAGAGAUAUUCACAUCCUCAACCAUGCAGUCCACAACUACAGUAUUAUCAACCUCAACAGCCACAACAGCGCCUACCACCAUAAGGCCUACAACUACGACGGCUCAAACAACUUCAACCACAGAACCCACUACAACUACGAUACGAUCAACACCAGCGCCUACCACUGUGAAGCCUACAACUACGACGGCUCAAACGACUUCAACCACAGAACCCACUACAACUACAACUACGACUACAACUACGACAGCUACGGUUCAACCAACGGUUCAAACAACUACACCUGUGUGUGAGUGCAGGGGCGUGCGGAGGAACGAGAGCUGGCCGUGCGGGGCGAGGUGGACGGAGGACUGUUCUCAUAGAGAGUGCCGUGGUGGGGAAAUCGUCAUGACCCCCGUGACCUGUCCAGAGAGUCCAGUGCCAGCAUGCCCUCGUGGGGACGUGGUCACGGUUGAGGGGGAGUGCUCCUGUAGGACUUACACGUGUAACUGUCGGUGUGAGGUGUACGGCGACCCCCACUACAUCAGCUUCCAGGGCACCACCUACGACUUCCUGGAAAAUUGCACCUACACGCUGGUCCGGGAGCGGUUGCCACGGUACCAGCUCAGCAUCGUGGUGGACAACUACUUCUGCAUCCCAUGGUUGGCAGGGUCCUGCACGAAGGGCAUCAUGAUGACGUUCCGAAACCACACCAUCACCCUCAGCAUCCAGCAGGAUCAAAACAGAGUGGCCGCCACCCUGAACCAGGUCGCUGUGCGCCCCCCCUACGAGGAGGAUGGCAUCCGCUUCGAGACCACGGGACUCGUGGUGUCUGUCUACAUCGAGGAGAUCCGCUCCCACGUCUCACUGACCCCCUCAAACACGCUGGUCGUCAGCCUGGCCAUGGAGCACUUCCUGAACAACACAGAGGGACAAUGUGGUGAGUGUGGAGGCAGCUCUUGUGUGCGCCCUGGUGGUGUGAGAGAGAAGGACACGUGCUGUCCAAAGACUGCAGCGGACUGGAUCCAUCCUGACCCCCGUAAACCCUACUGCACCUCCACACUACGAAACAUGCCCUGUGACUUACCCCCUGCACCAACACCAACUACUGACUGUCCCCCUGCUCCCAUCUGUGACAUCCUCAAACACUCUGUGUUUGCAGCAUGUGGAGAGGUUGUGGAUCUGGCAGAGCUGGAGCGUAGCUGCCAGUUUGACGUGUCCUGUACGCAUCAGAACAUGUCCUGCUCAGUGCUGGCGCAGGCUGCUGAGGAGUGCAAGAAGGAGGGCUUCUGUGUGGAGUGGCUCCACCUCACCAACGGCAUCUGUGACGUGUCCUGUCCAGAUGGGUUGGUGUACCAGGAGUGCCGUAACCACCUGGAUGACCACUGCAGUGGAAGUCUGCGUGUGUCUGGUCGUGUCCUGGAAGAGAUGAGGUCCGGCUGCUUCUGCCCAGAGUCCCAGUUACGAGCCGGGGAGCACAAUGACGUGUGUGUGGACACCUGCACUGGCUGUCAAGGUCCGUAUGGGGAGCCAAUGCAGCCUGGUGACACCUGGGAGUCCGGCUGUAAGAUCUGUACCUGUGAUAACCGGACCAGAACCACCGAGUGCCAGGACCGGCUCACUCUCCCUGCCCCCCUCUGCAGUCCAGACUCCAUGCUGGUGACAGGCUGCUGUGGAGUCCAGACCUGUGUGGAGAGGACAUGUCCGUACAAAGGACACACUUAUGAGGUUGGAGAUCGCUGGUCAGACCCCUCAGAGAAGUGUGUGUUAUUUAGCUGCACCAGCAGCGGCACCGUUAUGGAGAAGAAAGUGUGUCCUCAGGAGAACUGCCCAGAGGAGCUUCGUAUCUGGGAUGAGCACCACUGCUGUUAUUUGUGUAACCACACCUGUGGCCUGAGACUCGCCUGGGUGAACCUGACGGUCGGCUUCUGCUUCGCCUCAGUGCAGCUGCCCACCUGUGAGGGACAGUGUGACUCCCGCUCUAGGUGGAUUGUGGAGGGCGGAGUCCUGCAGGUGGAGGGGGUGUGUCCUCUGUGUCAGGAGGUCUUUUGGGAUGAGCGUGUCGUCUACCUGACGUGUAACGGACACACACCCACACCAUUCCGCUACAGACACAUCACUUCCUGCCACUGUGCUUCACACCUGAGCACACCUGAGCUACAGGCUUCAAACUAGAGGUGGAAAACGCUGGCUUCAGAAAUUAAACGACUUACCAUGUGUUGGUUCUACCUGUGCACCUAACACAGGCAAUUUCAUUAAUUAGCUGACCUACCUGGCUGAGGAGUAGUGCUAAUUAGAAUCAGUUCGUUUCUAGUGAAUAGUAGAAACAAAAUAUGGGAUAUAUAGGAGAUUUAUAUAUAAUAUGAAGGGUUCAGAUGCAAAAGCCUCUAAAUGCCAC